UCAUGCACAGAGCACCCCAGCAGGACAGACCCCAGGAGUCAGACAGAUACGGGCAGUUCCUGGGCUGCUGCUUUUCAGGAGAUAGAUAGCUGCAUCGAUUUGCAUAGGCAGCAGUGCUGUGCUGACAGGAAGGAAGGCUGAGUGAGACCCACAGUGCAGGAAGGGGCGAGGAGCAAACUGAAAGAGAGAAAAAGCCACCAGGCUGAACAGCAGCCGGUGGCAGGUGUCUGGGGAAGCUAGACCCACCUUCCCCUGGUGCUGCCCUGAACAUCACCCUGGCCGCCAGGUCCCAUCACAUCCACAGGUCCCACAGGGGCAGGAGCCACCAACCAGAGGGGUCCAUUUUCUACCUUGAACUUGAGCAUACAGGCAAGGAGGAAGCAAAGCUCUGCGGAUAAAGGGCUGAGCAGUGGCACGGAGGGGCUGCAUCCUCCCGCCGUGCUGAGGAUGCCUUCUCUGCUCUCCUGCUCCCACACAGACCUGGGAGAGGCAGCACAAGGCCGAGGAACAUGGAUAAAGGCUGAGAAGCCUCAACUGAUGCUGUGAGUCAGCCAGGUGGACACAGGGCAGUCCAUGGGACGGCCGUGCUGCUGCCAACACAGUGCUCCUUACCCAGGGAUCACCACAUCACAGGAGGCCUCUGAUGGACGAGGCUUGGAUCAACCGCUACCGCAAGCAGCUGGUGAGGUCCGUCUCACCGCAAUUCCUGGAGGAGAUCAUCUGCUACCUGCGGCAGCUGGACCUGCUCACAGCAGAGGAGGCAGAGUGGGCGCAGGAGGCGAGGUCCCUGCCUGAGCAAGUGAGGGCUGUGGUGGACCUCCUGGCUGGCAAGGGCAGCUUCGCCUCCCAGUCCCUGCAGACCUUCAUCGAGACCACCAAUUCCCAGCUCUACCUUUACAUCACUGUCUACGAACCCAUGGUGCAGAAGCACCUGGAGAGUCUCCAAAGCUACUAUGGGAAUGGCUUGGAGACGGGUUCCCUCCAGCGGCUCACAAACCUGCUGCUGGUGGAAGGUUUGACUGAUAUCCAGCAGAAGGAGCAUGACAUCCUGCAGAUCGAAGCCACUAAAGGACUACAAAAUGUAUCCAAGAGCAUUCCUCUGGAGAAGCUCUUCCUCCCUCUCUCCAAGUUCAGCAUCCCACCUCGGAUCUCUGUCACCAUCGGAGUUGCUGGGAUUGGCAAAAGCACACUGGUGAAAUUGUUUGUCUACACCUGGGCAAAAGGGGAGAUCAAUAGAGACAUCAUCUUUGUACUGCCCCUCACGUUCCGGGAGCUCAACACCUAUGAGAAGCUCUCUGCUGAGAAGCUCAUCUGCUCGGCGUUCCCUCACAUCACUGAGCCCAACUGCAUCUUGGCGGGAGCCGCCAGGACCCUGCUGAUCCUCGAUGGCUUGGAUGAGUUCAAGACUCCUCUGGAUUUCUCCAACACAGUAGUAUGCACUGAUCCCAAAAAGGAGAUCCAAGUGGAUAACCUGAUCACCAACAUUAUACGCGGCAACCUGCUGCAGAAGGCUUCCAUCUGGGUCACGGCACGGCCCACAGCAGCCAGCCAAAUCCCUGGUGGCCUUGUUGACCGGACGACAGAAAUAAGAGGUUUUGCAGCUGCAGAGAUGAAGGACUUCUUGGACCAGAUGUUCCUAGACAACAAAGACUUAUCUGGCCAAGUCCUGCAUCACAUCAGGGCUAACAGGUCAUUACACGUCAUGUGCACCGUUCCUGGCUUUUGCUGGAUUUGUGGUUCCUCAAUUGGUUAUUACUUAAAACACAGCACUGAUCAACCCCAAGAAACAACUGGUGUCCCCAAGACCCUUUCAGAAAUCUACUCCUACUAUUUUAAAAUCGCUCUGAGCAGCAACUGGCCAGAAAAGCCAAGAGAAACCCUCAGGAUCGAGCAGGCUGUGAACAACAGCAGGAAGAUAGUGGGCAGCCUGGGCAGGCUGGCCUUCUACGGACUGCUGAAAAAGAGAUACGUAUUUUAUGAGCAGGACAUGAAGGCCUAUGGCAUUGACCUCUCCUUGCUGCAGACCAGCUUGUGCAGCCGGCUCCUGCUCAAAGAGGAGAUGCAGUCCUUCACAGCUUACUGCUUCUCCCACUUAACCCUACAGGAGUUUCUAGCAGCCAUCUAUUACUACACAGCUGCAAAGCGGGCAAUAUUCGACCUCUUCACGGAGAGCGGGAUGUCCUGGCCCAAGCUGGGUUUCCUCAACCACUUCAAGAACGCUGUUCAGAGGUCGCUGCAGGCAGAGGACAGGCAGCUGGACAUCUUUGUGCGCUUCCUUUCCGGGCUCCUGUCCCCGCAGGUGAACAAGCUGCUCUCCGGGUGGCUGCUGGUGAAGGAUGAGCACAACAGCUUCAGGAGCCAAGCAGUCGGCUUCCUCCAGGGCUGCCUGAACACUGACCAUGCCAUCUCCUCGCGGGCAGUGAACACCAUGCACUGCCUCCAUGAAAUCCAGCACACGGAGGUCACCAAGAUGGUAGAAGAAGCAAUGAAAAAUGAGAGCUUGGCCGGGAUGCUCACCCCUGUGAACUGCUCUGCCCUGGCUUAUCUCCUGCAGGUCUCUGAUGUCUGCAUGGAGGAGACGAACCUCUCCAACUGCCUCACCUACAAUGUCUGUAAGAGCCUUCUCUCCCAGCUCCUGUUCUGCCACAACCUCAGGCUGGACAAUAACCGGUUUAAGGACAAUGUGAUGGAGCUGCUUGGCAGCAUGCUGAGUGUGAAGGACUGCCAUAUCCAGAAGCUCAGUUUGGCAGAAAAUCAGAUCAGCAACAAGGGAGCCAAAGCACUGGCCAGGUCACUGCUGGUGAACAGGAGCCUGACAGCACUGGACCUGCAGAACAACUCCAUUGGCCCCACUGGAGCAAGAGCACUGGCUGAUGCGCUGAAACAGAAUCAAGUCCUGCUCUCCCUGAACCUGCAGCACAACACCAUCAAGGAGGAAGGUGCCACCUUCCUGGCCGAGGCCCUGUUUACCAACCACAGGCUGACGACCCUGCACCUGCAGAAAAAUGCCAUCGGAGCCCAUGGUGCCAGGAGAAUAGCAGAGGCGCUGAAGCAGAACUGCAGCCUGAAGGAGCUGAUACUAUCCAGCAACUCAGUAGGAGACGAUGGCUCGGUUGCCUUGGCCGAAGCUCUGAAGGUGAACCACAGCCUGCAAAGCCUCGAUCUCCAGAGCAACUCCAUCAGCAGUGCUGGGGUCACCGCACUGACAGCAGCUCUCUGCUCCAACAAAGGACUCAUCAACCUCAACCUGAGGGAGAACUCCAUCAGCAAGGAAGGGGGUCCUGCCAUUGCUCAUGCCCUGCGGACCAACAGCACCCUCAGGAAGCUGGACUUAGCAGCCAACCUGCUGUACGAUGAGGGCGGCAAGGCCAUCGCUUUAGCGAUGAAGGAGAACCGGGCGCUCAAGUCCCUCCACUUGCAGUGGAACUUCAUCCAGGCAAAAGCUGCUGCAGCCCUAGCACAAGCAUUACAGUCCAACAGCAGCCUGUCCAGCCUCGACUUGCAGGAAAAUGCCAUUGGAGACGAGGGAAUGGCUGCCCUCUCCACUGCGCUGAAGUUCAAUACAACCCUGGCACAUCUGCACCUGCAGGUGGCUUCAAUUGGCAUGGCUGGUGCCCAAGCCCUGGCAGAAGCUUUGAUGGUCAACAAGAGCCUGCAGAUCCUGGACUUGCGGGGAAACUCCAUUGGGGUGGCUGGGGCCAAGGCAAUGGCCAACGCGCUGCAGGUGAACCGCAGCCUCUGCUGGCUCAACCUUCAGGAAAACUCCCUGGGCAUGGACGGAGCCAUCUGCAUCGCCACUGCUCUGAAGGGAAACCAUGGCCUCACCUACAUCAACCUGCAGGGGAACCAGAUUGGCCAGUCGGGAGCCAAGAUGAUCUCCGAUGCCAUCCGGACUAACUCCCCCAGCUGCGUGGUGGAUGUGUGAGGUGCCUGGCCACAGUGACGAGGUGACCCAGUGGUUCCUUUGGCCACCAUGGAUUUACAGGGAGCUGCCUGGGCCCUGUCUGGCUGUCGUAGGGAGGAGAGCUGGGUUCAGG